AUGGGUUUCUUCUCCAAAGACGAAAAAAUCGUUGAUCCACCUAACAAAACCAAAAGAAAGAUCUGCUGGGAUGCGCGUGACAAGUUCUUCGAGUGCCUAGCCGCCAACAAGAUCGACAACUCGCUCGAUCCUAAAGAAAAGACCAACGUGGAAUCCAACUGUGGUAAGUUAAGAGCACAAUUCGAAAACGACUGUGUGGCCUCCUGGUACAAGUACUUUCAAGAAAAACGUUUCAACGAUAUCAGAAGACAAAAGUAUAUCGACCAGCUAGAGGCCGAAGGUGCACAGCCUUUGCCAUUUAAGUUGGAUAAAAAGUAA